ACUCCAGUUUUUCAGUUGAAAUAUUUUCAGGUUUUAUUUGUUUUUAUUUUUCCAGGUUGUGAAUUUAAUCCCAGUAAUCUGACUCCGGCUCCGCUCCCAGCCUCUGAUCCAUUUCCUCCGCUUGGAUCCGCCUGCCGGGUUUUCCGACCGGCCGCGGUCGGAGGUCACCGAGGUCACUGCGGGCAGGAAGCCGCCAUGUUGGACUUCUGGCUGGAAGCGGAACCAUGAGCUGCCGGGGGAUUCAGAAGCUCCUGCAGGGAGCCGGUUCUGGUCCGGCAGCGUGGUCCCGGACCCCCGCGGCCUCCUGCUGCUGCAGGCUCAGAUCUGGACCCUGCAGGGCCCUGUCCGGACCCGGUUCUGGGGCCGGACCCGGUUCUGGGUCAGGCAGCAUGAAUGUGUUCAACAGGGAGAUGAAGAGGAGGCAGAAGAACUGGGCCGCGGUUCUGCAGGACGGACACCAGUACGACUACCUGAGAGAAGAGGUUGGCAGUCGAGUGGCUGAUCGGGUUUAUGACAUCGCCAGGUCGUUUCCCCUGGCUCUGGACAUGGGAGGAGGAAAAAGUUACAUAGCAGAACAUCUGAGCAAGGAAGUGGUGCAGCGUUUGGUUCUGACUGACGUCUCCCAGCAGGCUCUGAAGCUGGGCCGGCGGUCGGAGAUUCCCACCCGGAGCGUUGUGGCUGAUGAGGAGUUCCUGCCGUUCAGGGAGAACAGUUUCCACCUGGUGGUGAGCAGCUUCAGCCUCCACUGGAUCAACGACCUUCCCAGGGUGCUCAGCGAGAUCCAUCGAGUCCUGAAGCCGGACGGUGUCUUCAUCGGCGCCAUGGCGGGUGGGGAUACGCUGUACGAGCUGCGCUGCUCGCUGCAGCUGGCCCAGUCGGAGCGGGAGGGCGGCUUCUCGCCCCACGUCUCCCCCUACACCGCCGUCACCGACCUGGGGAACCUGCUGGGCCGGGCCCGCUUCAACAUGCUCACCGUGGACGUCGAUGAUGUUCAGGUUCAUUAUCCAGGAAUCAUGGAGCUCAUGACGGACCUGCAAGGCAUGGGGGAGAGUAACUGCGCGUGGAACAGGCGCUCCAUGCUGCACCGCGACACCAUGCUAGCAGCUGCAGCCGUCUAUAAAGAGAUGUACGGAAACCCGGACGGGUCAGUUCCCGCCACCUUCCAGAUCCUCUACAUGAUUGGCUGGAAGCCUCACGAGUCUCAGGCCAAGCCGGCCCGCCGCGGCUCCGCCACCGUGUCCUUCAGAGAUCUGGCCAAGGUCAGCCGACCCGACAGCGCCGACCAGUCCUAGGGUCAUGACCUCACUGGGUCAGGCGUCCAGGAGAAGGAGGUUCUGGUUCUGACUGUAAAUGUUGUAUAGAAAUCUGUUUCUGCUAAAUAAACUGAGUAGUGAAGGAAA